AGGGGCGCGGAGCCCGCCGAGCAGAGGGUUCCCACAGGCGAGCAGAGCCGGCUGCCAUGGCGCUGGUGGGGCCUCAGAUCUGGGGCUCCAGAAGAGAAGUCCACCUCCUGUUGCUGCUGCUGCUGCCCUGGGUCCCGGCUGGGUUGGUUCCUUCAGAGACCCCAAGCGCCUGUGCCUCAGACCCAUGUGCCCCAGGGACCCAAUGCCAGGCUACAGAAAGUGGUGGCUAUACCUGUGAACCAGUAGAGCUUGGAGGCUGUGCUUCUCAGCCAUGCCACCACGGAGCACUGUGCGUGCCCCAGGGCCCAGAUCCUAACAGCUUCCGCUGCUACUGUGUGCCUGGCUUCCAGGGUCCCUACUGUGAGCUGGAUAUUGAUGAAUGUGCAUCCCAGCCCUGCCACCAUGGGGCAACCUGCCACAACCUAGCAGAUCACUACGAGUGCCACUGCCCCCUGGGCUAUGCAGGCAUAACCUGUGAGCACGAGGUGGACGAGUGCUUAUCAGCACCCUGCCUGAACGGAGGCUCGUGCCUGGACGGCGUGGGCUCCUACCGCUGCAUGUGCGCUCCAGGUUAUGCCGGCGCUAGCUGCCAGUUGGACGUGGACGAGUGCCAGAGCCAGCCGUGCGCGCACGGGGGUGUGUGCCAUGACCUGGUCAACGGUUUCCGGUGCGACUGCGCGGACACAGGUUACGAAGGUGCCCGCUGCGAGCAGGAGGUGCUGGAGUGUUUGUCAGCGCCCUGCGCACACAAUGCGUCCUGCCUCGACGGCCUCCGGAGCUUCCGCUGCCUCUGCUGGCCAGGCUUCGGCGGAGAGCGGUGUGAAGUGGAUGAAGAUGAGUGUGCAUCGAAUCCCUGUCGUAACGGGGGCCGGUGCUUGCAGCGCUCCGACCCAGCCUUGUAUGGGGGUGUUGAGGCCGCCCUCCCGGGGGCCUUCAGCUUCAGCCACGCGGCUGGCUUCCUUUGCGCCUGUCCUCUGGGCUUUGCUGGGGAUGACUGCAGCGUGGACGUGGACGAGUGUGCCUCAGGACCAUGCCUCAAUGGUGGCAGCUGUCAGGACCUGCCCAACAGUUUCCAGUGCCACUGCCGGGAUGGAUACACAGGCCUGACAUGUCAGGAAGAUGUGGAUGAAUGCCUGUCAGAACCUUGCCUGCAUGGUGGGACCUGCAGUGACAUUGUCACAGGCUAUAUCUGCCAGUGCCCCAAGGACUGGGGUGGACAUGACUGUUCUGUACAGCUCACGGGCUGCCAGGGCCACACCUGCCCACUAGUUGCCACCUGCAUCCCUACCUUCAAGUCUGGGCUCCACAGUUAUGACUGUCACUGCCCACCUGGGACCUAUGGGCCUUUUUGUGGCCAGAAUACCACCUUCUCGGUCAUACCCGGGAGCUCUGUGUGGGGAUUGGUGCCAGCUGGUGACUCUCUGGGUCUGGUACUGCGGUUUUGUACUACACUGCUUGCUGGGGCCCUGGCCACUCUCAAGGACACCCAAGACAGCUUGGAGUUGGUACUGGUGAGGGCCACGCUCCAAGCCACACUCUUGAGACAUGGUACUGCUGUACUUGUCCUUACACUGCCAAACCUAGCCUUAAAUGAUGGCCACUGGCACCAGGUGGAGGUGGCACUCCACCAGGGAUCCCUGGAGCUGCGGCUCUGGCAUGAGGGCUGCCCUGGCCAGCUCUGUGUGAUCUCUGGUCCUGUGGCUACAGGUCCCACAGCCUCAGUAGCCUCUGGCCCACCUGGGCCCUACUCCAUCCAUCUUGGUGGCUGGGCCUUUGCAGGCUGCUUCCAAGAUGUGCGUGUGGCAGGGCACCUUCUGCUGCCUGAGGAGCUCAAUGGAAACGUGCUCCUGGGUUGCAAGCGCAGGGAACCUUGCCAACCUCUGCCGUGUGCCCAUGGAGGGGCCUGCGUGGACCUGUGGACUCACUUCCACUGCAACUGCCCAAGACCCUACCAUGGGCCCACAUGCACUGACGAGGUUCCUGCUGCCACCUUUGGCUUGGGCGGCACCAUGAGCUCAGUCUCCUUCCUGCUCCACCAGCUGCUAGGCCCAAACCUCACUGUGUCAUUUUUCCUUCGCACUCGGGAGCCUGCUGGUCUGCUGCUCCAGUUUGUCAAUGAUUCAGUGGCUAGCCUAACUGUGUUCCUGAGUGAGGGCCAGAUCUGGACUGAGGUGCUGGGUCGUCCUGCUGUAAUCCUCCCUGGGCGCUGGGAUGAUGGACUCCGCCACCUGGUGAUGCUUAGUUUUGGCCCUGACCAGCUGCAGGACCUGGGCCAACAGCUGUAUGUGGGUGGGAGGCUCUACCCCGAUGACACCCAGCCCUGGGGUGGACCCUUCCGAGGAUGUCUCCAGGACCUGCAACUCAACGGUCUCCAGCUCCCCUUCUUCUCUUCACCAAUGGAGAACUUAAGUUGGCCCAGUGAACUGGAUGCUGGCCACUCCUCUCACCUCACCCAGGGCUGUGUCUCUGAGAACAUGUGCAAACCCAACCCUUGUUUCAAUGGUGGAACUUGCCACAUCACCUGGAACGACUUCUACUGCACCUGUUCUGACAACUUCACAGGGCCCACCUGUGCCCAGCAGCUGUGGUGCCCCAGCCAGCCUUGCCUUCCACCUGCCACCUGUGAGGAGGUUCCAGAUGGCUUUGUGUGUGAGUUUGGGUGUGUGGCUGAGACUACGAUCCGUGAGGGCCCUCCUGCUGUGUUCAGUGGCCACAACGUGUCCUGGGCGCUGGCGCUGAGCGAGCUCACCCUGGCCUUCCGCCCUGGCCACCCAGAGUGCGCCUGCGGCCCAGCCUGGGAGGGACCCCGCUGCGAGGUCCGCGCCGAUCCCUGUCGCUUGUCGCCCUGUGUCCGGGGCCAAUGCCAUGUGCGCCCCGACGGCCGCUUCGAGUGCCGCUGCCCUCCGGGCUUCGCAGGCCCGCGUUGCAGGUUGCCUGUUCUGCCUCAGGGAUGUAGCCUCAACUCCACCUGCAAGGAUGGCACCCCUUGUGAGGGCGGUCCCCUAGGCACCAACUGCAGUUGCCAGGAAGGCGUUGUUGGCCUGAGAUGUCAGAGUCCUGACCUAUCUUGUGAAGUCAACCCUUGCUUGAAUGGGGGCACCUGUCGAGCAACCAGUGGCAUAUUUGAAUGUACUUGCAAUGCAGGAUUCUCUGGCCAGUUCUGUGAAGUGGUGAAAAGCCCGCCUCUGCCCCUGCCAUUCCCUUUGCUGGAGGUAGCAGUGCCUGCAGCCUGUGCCUUCCUUCUCCUCCUCCUCCUGGGCCUGCUCUCAGGGAUCCUGGCUGCCAGAAAGCGCCGCCAGUCAGAGGGCACUUACAGUCCAAGUCAACAGGAGGUGGCAGGGGCCCGUCUGGAGAUGGACAGUGUCCUCAAGGUGCCACCAGAAGAAAGAUUUAUCUAAGCUGUCCUAGCUGCUGAAGCCAUGCCCUGAAGGUCCUACAGGAUCACUGCAGAACAUCACCUGGAGGCCCAAGGAGACUAUUUCCAGAGCUAGGACAUCCACAGGAUGUACCCCAUGGUUGGCAACCUUUGCCCCUGUCCAUUAUGGACUCAGAAAAUGGGGAACAACUCAGGGAAGCAGAGGAGGCUAUGGGAGUAUGAAUGUCUCUGACCUGCUGGGCUAUAUACAGGGGGGUACAUGCGGGUGCCCAUGGUACGACUGGCAUGCAUGUGUAUGUGUAUAUCUUUCUGCCUGU